CCAAAUCCUCCGCAAAAAUGGCUCUGUUCAGUGCAGCAAAAUCAGGAAUUUCCAGAAUAAAUACAAUUCUGUGCAGUAAUUUGCGACCAUUUAGCGUUUCAGCCGCAAACAAUCUAAAAGAAAUCAAAGAGGUAACCCAAAAGGAUGCGCUUGUCGUUAGUGCCGAUUAUGUUGCUUCGCCGAGAUCAAAUCAGAUGCUUCCGCAGGUGAUCGAAACCAAGUGCGGUAGCGGGUUGCAGUUUUGUCCCCAGUGCAGUCUGGGAUUGGAUGUCAAGCAUACGGACGUGCUGAUUCUAAGCCAGUUUGUCCGCAACGAUGGAUGUAUGCUGCCACGCCGGGUAACCGGAUUAUGUAAGCGCCAGCAGCGACGAAUGGGCGCACUGGUGAUCAUGGCACAGAAAGCAGGUCUUAUGCCAAACAUUAACCCAUCCUGGAGCAAGAAGGAUCCAAAGAAGCGAUACCAGUGGAAAAAGUACAACAAAUAUUUCGAUGAGGACACCAUUAAAUGCUAGCAGUUUGUUGAAAUAAUACAAUGAUAUUAGGGAAACAA